GAAGCCUCACCAAGGUCGAGACACGUGUGCACUGAUCGUUGUAUCGAGAUUAAACUUUGCUCUCCUUCGUUUGAUUCAAAUUGAAAAAACUAUUCAUUGUAUGUUGUAUAAAAACGUGCUAGAAUUUUUCAAAAGUGAGCCGACUUAGAAUUUCUAAAAUCAGCAACCACGAAAAGAGACCAAAAGGUGUAAUCAACGAUCGUGUAACAUGGAAAAGGACAUCCUAGUUACCUGUCCUUACAAUAAAUCACAUCGUAUUCGUCGAUACAAAUUAAUGUCACAUGUAGCAAAAUGUAAAAAACAAAGUGAUACAACGAACAAAGUAGCAUGUCCGCUGAACAGUACUCAUAUAGUAGAUCGGAAUGAUAUUAAGAACCAUCUUGCAUCUUGUUCAAACCUUGGAUCUUUGGUACAGAGCAAUGUUGAGAAAGAGAUAGACACAGUGUCAAUUGUGGAUACAGAUACGCACAAAAUAGAUGAAAAUUGGGAUCUGGCACCAGAAUUUCCAACAUAUGAUCCGAUGACAAGUUCAGCUUCGAAAAAUGUAUUACGAUGUGUGAAUGGGUUGACAAAAUCAGAAAGGAAAAAAUUUAGAAUGAAUGAACGAGUUCGCGUUGCAAACCUUAAUGGAGAAAGUAGUACCGUCAAGCAAAUUCCUUUGCUGCAUGAAGAGAAGAUUCGUGAGAUACCAUUGCGUCCUCCAUAUGGCACUGCACAGACUUUGUUGAAUAAUGUAACAGUCAGUCAGAAUUCUAACAAAAGUGCAUAUGAAAAAGAUCCUGCUAUAAAUACACAAGCUACAACAUCAGCAAUUGAGGGAUUGCAUGAUUUACAUGAUUUACAUCGAUUUACACAAACAUUCAACGAUGAAAUAUUUUCUAAUUAUGAGCCUGAUGAUAAUUUGAAAAAUAAUACAUUCAUCAGUAAUGAAUGUCAUGUAACAUUUGAAGAUAGUAUGAAAACAAAUAAUACUUUUAUGCAGAAACUAUUGGAACUUUCAGCAGCUAACAAUGAUGUGUCAUACAGAUCUUUCAAUUCUCCGGGCCCAUCUACUAGAUAUGAGCCUGCGGGCUUUGGUAGAGAAGAAAAAAGUUUUUCAUUAAUUGAUCGAAAUCAAGAAGCAAAGAAUGAAAAGGAACAGAAAGAUGCUGUAAUUGAGGUAGAUGCAUCUUGUGAUAUAUUUGGUAUUAAUAAUUCGAAAAAAACUGAGCUCACUGAGAACGCUUGGAAUACGAGUGAACGAACCACCGAUAAGUUGUUGAAUUUAUUGAUUGACAAAACGGAAAAAAUUAAACUCAUCGAGAAGACGAAAAGAAACGAAGAAAGAGGAGGAAACAGGAAUUCAGGAAGUUCGAAAUUGGAAAAUAUAUUAUGUGAACUCAAUGAUCGAUUAGAUUAUCUGACAAAUGUUCAAAGCGCUGCUGUUAAGCAGAGUGCACGGCUAGCCAAAGAGGUGAACGAUCUUAAACAGCUGAAAAGUUGUUGCAAUAUUCAAUCGUCUACGAAUUUGAAUAAGACUAAGAUAAGUGUUGCUGCUAAUUUUACUAAACCAAUGUCACUGCUGGAAACAACGCGUUCAAUAGAUCAUAAUGUGUCCCAAGCAAUACCAGAGUUUAUGAAAAGUACAACAUUGAGCUCGUACAAUACAAGUAGAGAUGAUUGGUCCGAUGUAAAAGAUCAUAGCGAAUUGCAAAAACUUCAAACCCCGGAUGAUUUCUGUCCUCAUCGAGGAUUUACAGAGAAACAGAAGCCAAUCAAAAUUCGCGCCGUGAUUCACAUACAAGUAGCGCUAGUAGUGCUGGUGAUGACUGCGGAGGCAUUCCAAUUCGACGCACAAUACGGUUGGACACAGCCAAUCAAAUUAGUUAGUUGGGAAAGGGCACGUAGAUAUGACACACGUACCACAAUAUUUUCGCCAGAAGGAAGACUUUAUCAAGUUGAAUACGCUAUGGAAGCUAUUAGCCAUGCUGGUACCUGUCUAGGUAUAUUAGCAAAUGAUGGUAUUUUGUUAGCAGCUGAGAAACGGAACACCAACAAGUUGCUGGAUGAAGUAUUUUUCUCAGAGAAGAUCUACAAGUUAAACGACGAUAUAGUCUGUUCAGUAGCUGGUAUCACUUCUGAUGCAAAUGUCUUAACAAAUGAGUUGCGUCUCAUUGCUCAAAGAUAUCUGCUGCAAUAUGGUGAAGCUAUACCCUGUGAGCAGCUGGUCUCGUGGUUAUGUGACGUUAAGCAGGCUUAUACCCAAUAUGGUGGCAAGAGACCCUUUGGUGUAUCCAUCUUAUAUAUGGGAUGGGACAAACACUAUGGUUAUCAAUUGUAUCAGUCAGAUCCUAGUGGCAACUAUGGUGGCUGGAAAGCAACGUGUAUUGGGAAUAAUGCAGCAGCGGCGGUAUCAUCAUUGAAGCAGGAGUAUAAAGAGGGAGAGACCACCUUGAAAGAUGCGAUGGCAUUGGCUAUCAAGGUGCUUUCCAAAACAUUAGAUAUGAACAAACUCUCCGCUGAGAAAGUGGAAAUGGCGAUACUGACACGUGAGAACGGUAAAACAGAAACGAGAAUAUUGCCAGCGAGUGAAGUAGAUGCCUUGAUUGCGGAACAUGAUCGAUUAGAAGCAUUGGCGGAACAAGCAAAGAAGGACAAACAAAAAUUGUAAAAUUUCGUGUUAGAUAUGGGAAUAAACUGAAAAAUAUAGUGUGGUGGCAAAGUUUAUUGUAUCAGAAACUUAAAUCUUUGUAUUAUGUACUAUAUAAAUUAUCUUCUUGCUACACGUGUAUGAUUAAUUCUUACUGAUAACGGCGCCAUCGUUAUUAUAAGGUAAUGAAAUUAUACUACGCAUUAAAGCUUCUUUUCCAUAAACA